AUGAGCAAUAAACGGUCUAACAGCUUCCGUCGUGCUAUCCAUUUGGGAAAUCGCCAUCUCCGUGCCAACUCACUCCUCGAAGAAACCGGCCUCACGAUAUCCCAGCGAUUUAUCCGACACAUCGCGUAUGAGACCCUGCCCAGGGGACUGGACCGCAAGUGGUACUAUGACAGCUACACGUGUUGCCCCCCACCCUGGUUUAUGAUCACUGUUACCCUUCUGGAGAUUGCCGUUUUCAUCUAUUACGGGCUGGUCCUGGAGAAAUGGGUGCUCCAGAUCACACACCCUUCGUAUCUGAACAAUCCGCUGGUCUACCAGCCACAGCUCCGCAGGCAAAUCUGGCGCUACCUCAGUUACAUCUUCAUGCAUGUUGGAGUUGAGCAUCUGGGCUUCAAUGUGGUGUUGCAGCUGCUGGUCGGAGUUCCUCUCGAAAUGGUGCACGGCGCUCUCCGCAUUAGCUUCAUCUACCUCGCUGGUGUACUUGCAGGUUCACUGGCAGCAUCAGUGGCUGAUAUGACCGCACCAGUAGCAGGAUCUUCAGGAGGUGUUUAUGCUCUGGUCUCUGCGCAUCUAGCUAACAUAGUCAUGAGUUGGUCAGGAAUGAGAUGUCAGUUCAAGCUGAUCCGGAUGGGAAUAGCGAUGAUUUGCAUGAGUUUGGAGUUUGGCCGAGCAGUCUGGCUGCGAUUCCAUCCAGCCACCCACCCCUCGUACACUCACCCCAGCUUCGUGACUCAUCUCGGCGGAGUGAUGGUGGGAAUCACACUCGGGGUGGUGGUCCUCAGGAACUACGAGCAAAGGCUCCACGAGCAAUCCAUCUGGUGGAUCUUUCUCCUGAUAUACCUCCUUUUUGUUUUCUUCGCUGUCCUCUGGAACAUCUUUGCCUAUAACCUUUUGGAGAUCAGGUUACUCUCACCGGCCUAA